AGAAAAAGAGAUAUAAGCAAGUAGGGGCGAAAACGAGAGCUGUCUACCUGGUGGCCCGGUGGGCCUUGCGAGCGUCCUAAAUCGUAUAGAGGAACGCGUAGAGGCUAAGGAAGCCAUUGCGAAGUUUUGUGUCUCUCUAUCUCUCUCUACUUGCAGGCUUGCAAGCAGGGUAGAGAAUAGAGAUCAAAGAAGAUGGGAUUGCUCUCGAACAAAAUCGAGAGGGACAAACUGAAACCUGGAGAUCACAUCUAUUCUUGGAGAAACGCCUAUAUUUAUGCCCACCACGGGAUAUAUGUCGGCGAGGGAAAUGUCAUCCACUUCACUCGGGGUCCAGGCCAGGAAAUUGGAACAGGAACUGUGCUAGACCGCAUCAUUUUUAGCUCAUCUCCGUCUCAUGUGGACAACCCUUGCCCAAUAUGCGGUGAUCAAUCAAAGCUUAAUGGAGUCAUCUCUUCUUGUUUAGAUUGUUUUCUUUCCGGUGGAAAUCUCUACCUUUUUGAGUAUGGUGCCACACCAGCAUUGUUUCUUGCCAAACCCCGUGGAGGUACCUGCACUCUUGCUUUGUCUGACCCACCACCAGAUGUUAUUUGCCGUGCUUCUUAUCUGCUCCAGAAUGGCUUUGGUGUCUAUGAUAUUUUCAAAAACAAUUGUGAAGACUUUGCUAUAUACUGCAAAACCGGUUUGCUUGUGUUCACUAACAUCAGCGUGGGUCGAAGUGGACAGGCGGCAUCCUAUCUAGCUGCUGCUACUGCUGUCCUUUCUUCACCACUACGAUUCCUCACAACCAGUUUUAGUGGCCUGGCAGCUGUAGGUUAUGGCAUGUAUUGUGUCAGCCGCUUAGUUUCUGAUAUUGGAGUACGCCGUGAUGUCAAAAAGGUUUCUGUGGAAAGACUUGUUGCCCACUCUGGCUCUAGCUUAGAUGAGCCAGAGGCUGCAACUGAGACGGCCAAGGAGGAGUAAUCUUUUGGCAUAAGCAGGAAGUAUCUAGUUUGCGAGGAUGUUGUAACAAUUUGAUUAAAAUAACCGAUCAAAAAAAAAAUAUAGGUGGAAAAUAUGAUGAUAUUUAUGCUUUUGCACGCAUUGUUUAAUGUUGUCGUUGUAAGUGUGUAAAUUGGCUUAUUGUCAAUUACCCAUUUGUUCUGCGAGGUCGUCUUGCAUUUGGAUGAAACGAUGGGAUUAUGUUGGGAAAGUAUUUAAGGUUGUUUUCGUUUUUGGUUAACAAUUGUUUGUCUGAAGAUGAACAAUAUAGCGCUUCUAUGGAGUUCAAUUUGUUGUCACUUGGGUGUUUUAUCCCAAGGGUUUGAGCA